GUUCCGUGACCUUGGCAAGUCACUUAACUUCUCUAUGCCUCAAUUUCCUAAUUGAAAUCAGAGAUAAUAGGAAUACGUAUUUCACUGGGGGUGCUUAGGAGGAUGAAAGGGUUCCAUAGCUAUAAAUUUUUACCACUGUACCAGGAUAAGUACUAGCAGAGUUGUCCCUGUUACUGUUAUUUGCCUGUUUGCCAAAGCACUUAACCAUGUUGUAUAAAAUCGUUUCAGAUCAAGAAUGAGGGAUGAGGAGUUCCCAUCGUGGAGCACUGGAAAUGAAUCCGACUAGGAACCAUGCAGUUGCAGGGCUUCCCAAGGAAGAGAAUGAUUUUUAGGUAAACCAACCAAGCCCAAACCUGAUAACACCGAACGUCACAUGCUGACAGCUCUUUGGAAAACCUUUCCCCUUGGAAUCUACACUUUGACUGAGCUUUCAAACCAGAAGUUCAUCUUACCCAGGAAAGAAUGGCUUACGUGAAGAUGAGAUGGGUCUAUGUUUCCCUGGUGGUCGUGGGAGCCCUUUGUCUGUAUUUUAGCUUGGACAGUCUCAGUCCUUCUCAAGGAGAACCCUUGGCUUUCAAGAAAAAAAACGAGGACUUCCUUCAGCUCCCGGAUAUAGACUGCAGGCAGGAUCCCCCCUUCCUCGUCCUGCUGGUGACCUCGUCCCACGAGCAGCUGUUGGCGCGCAAGGCCAUCCGGCAGACGUGGGGAAAAGCGAGCACCGUGCAGGGAAAGCGAAUCAGGUCCUUCUUCCUCCUGGGAACCACCAACAGCGGGGACCUGUCGCGAGCGGUGGCCCAGGAGAUCGAGCAGUAUCACGACAUCAUCCAGAAGGACUUUCUGGACGUGUAUUUCAAUCUGACACUCAAGACCAUGAUGGGCAUGGAGUGGGUGUCCCGCUUCUGUCCGCAGGCGACCUUCGUCAUGAAAACAGACUCCGACAUGUUUGUCAAUAUCUACUAUCUGACGGACCUGCUCCUGGCCAAGAACCGAACGACGCGGUUUUUCACGGGCUUCCUGAAGCUGAACGAGUAUCCCAUCAGGAGGAGGUACAACAAGUGGUUUGUCAGUAAGUACGAGUACCCGUGGGAGAAGUACCCGCCCUUUUGCUCGGGCACCGGCUAUGUCUUCUCCAGUGACGUGGCAGGGCAGGUGUACGGUGUGGCCGAGAGCGUCCCGUUCAUUAAACUGGAAGAUGUCUUUGUGGGGCUCUGCCUGGAAAAACUGCAAAUCAAACUGGAGGAACUGCACUCCAAGCAGACGUUCUUCCCCGACGGGCUGCCCUUCACCAUCUGCCGCUACCGGAGGAUCGUUGCUUCCCACCACGUCAAGCCUCAAGACCUCCUGAACUACUGGCAGGCUCUGGAAGGUUCCUUGGAGGCAGAGUGUCCGGAGGCCUGAGCGGGGCCCAAAGGCACAGCUGGACACAUGCCCGACAGCCCACCGCGGUGGCGUCCAAAAGAUCUUCGAGGGCAUUGCCGAGGCGCCUCGGGGGGUGGGGAGGGAGCGAGGAAGGAGGAGGCGGAAGAAGAGGGAGGGUGAUAGUUUGAAGGCUUCCCAGUCUAAACGCGAAUGCCCCUGCAGAUGAUGGCCACCUGGUGCCCCAAAGCCCUAAGAUCGUGUCUCUUGAGCACCUCCACUGUUGCACUAGCGCGGGAGCUGCCUGCACCUGUGUCUCUUCAUCUCGGGGGUCGGCAUCCGGACAAAGCGGUGGAUGUUACCGACCCCAUCUCACACGCAAAGACCGGGCCACUGAGAGAGGUACCAGGAGCUGUCCCGAGAUUCAGCCAGCAGACACUGGAGCCAGGAUGAGAAGCCCCCGCCCCAGUGCGCCCCUCCGGCUGCCUCCCUGGAAGAGGGCUGUGGGGAGCGGGGCUCUGAGGAAGGAAGGCCUGGCUGCUGGUGUCUGUCUGUCCCUUCCUAGAAUCCUCUCCUCCUCCUCCAGUCCCAUUCCUCUGCUUUCCAGUGCUGAGUCUGGGGUGAAUGAAUGCAUCCCCCACAUCCACCUCCAGAUGGUGAUGGGUCUGGCUGGCCUGAGACCUUGCUAGCCGCUUGGCACUCAGCUCGCCACAAACACGUCCCUGGAGAUAUUCCUGCAGUGGCUGCACCCCAAGAAACACUCGGCUCUGGACAGAAAUCAGGUUUAUAGAUUUGGCUCAGAAAUCACUGUGAAGCUUGACUCGCUGUACAGAGUUGGCCACUCUGCUGAGCGUGGGACCCCAAGAGCAGCACAGCGUGUCCUGCCAGCCACCUGUGGCACCCCCGUCUGUUUGCUUCACCUGCCCUGCGUCUGCUCUUCAGGUCUCCAAGCGCAAACCAGAGGGCUGCUGGGCGCAAGGCUGCAUCUGUGAAGGCUGCUGGGAGCUUGUCUGGGAAUUCAGGUGAAUUUAAGUCAAGACCCUCCCAAGAAGCCCCGGGACACAGCGCUGAAGGGACUUCUGGUCAAGGAGGGUCUCCCUGGGUCCAAUUCCUGAGCCCGAUCUCAGCUCAGCUUCUUUGACUUUCUCCGAUGGCCCUGGGACAGCUGAGUUCUGUACGGUGGAGUUGAACCUUCGAUAUUCUUCCCCUGGAGGUUUGGAAGAGCCUGUUCUGCAGGAUUAAGGGAAGUGGGGCCCUUCUCUGCAAGGGUCUUUGCCGGGAGAGCCACUGUCACACGCAAAGCCAUCUUGCUUCCGAUCAGGAUGCUCAGCUCUUACCUUAUACUUUACCAGCCAAAGCCAAGACCUCAGGCGGCUGCGUAAGCUACAAACAUUGGCCAAAGCUCCUGCCUGGCCUCGGGAAGAGGUUUGCUGCAGGAUGGCCAUGACAAUGGUAAAUUGCAGAAAGAGGCCUGGCGUUCUCUUUUGCACAGCAUUUCUUGUAUCUGGGUGGAGCUGCUUCUUGGCGGAUAUGUUUUCGUAUCCUGGCUGCUCUGAAUGUGCUGGGUCAUGUUCAGAAAAGCCACCUUCUCAGGUGGGAAAAUCAGGCACUGAACUUGUUUGGGGAAGCCCAGAUUUUGCCAGGGCUGGUCCCUUGGACUUGUAGAAUGGGCUGUCUCUGAUUCUGGAGAUAACAGUGGGUUGUGAGGGUGAAGGAGCUUGUCUGGCACUAUGCCUGGGUCUGGGCUUAGCUGUUCCCCUUAUCUGGUGUGUGUGUCUAUGUAUGUGGCCAUCGGGCUGGGUGGGUAAGUGUGGCUGACUCAGGAUCUGGUUUUCUCAGCAUCCACCAUAGCCCUUGGCCCUAGGGGCCCAUGAGCAUGGGCUUGGUUCCACUACAACCUCUGUGUUCUCUCUCUCUCUCUCUCUUUUUCUUUUUGUAUUUUUAUGGCUGCACCUGCUACAUAUGGAAGUUCUCAGGCUAAGGGUCUUCACAGCCACAGCAAUGCAGGAUCCUUAACCUACUGAGUGAGGCCAGGGAUCGAACCUGCGUCCUCAUGGAUACGAGUCAGGUUCGUGACUCUGCCAACUCCCCUCCCUCCGUUCUAUUUCUUUAUCUAAAUGAAGAUCUUUCUUUCUCUAGGGAAACAUUUUCCUGUGACCGUAGAACUUGAGAAGGGGCCUUAGAGCUCGUUUGGUCCUGCCUCGGCAUAGGAUGAAAAUGAAGUUCAGAGAGCCCCCGAGGUUGCCCAGGACCUCACACCCGGGUUUGUGUACUGAGGAAUAUGCAGGUGUCAGUGGAGGCCGUGUUCCAUGCUGCCGCCUUGCCGGUGUGUAAGAGUAAGGAGCCGUGCUAGCCUGAGUCAGGAGGCAAAGCGGUGCUUUUCCAAUAACACCCAACCUGGAGUUUCCUUUUUUCUUUUUUUCUUUUUAGGGCCGCACCUACAGCAUAUGGAAGUUUCUGGGCCAGGGGUUGGAGCUACAGCUGCCGGCCUAGACCACAGCCAUGGCAACACGGAAUCCAAGCCACACCUGAAACCUACACCGCAGUUUGAGGCAACAGUGGAUCCUUAACCCACCGAGUAAAGCCAGGGAUUGAACCUGCAUCCUCAUGGUUACUAGCUGGGUUUUUUUUUGGUCUUUUUAGGGCCACACUCACGGCCUAUGGAGGUUCCCAGGCUAGGGGUCAAAUGGGAGCUGCAGCUGCUGGCCUACACCACAGCCACAGCAAUGCCAGAUCUGAGCCUCAUCUGCAACCUACACCACAGCUCUUGGCAAUGCCAGAUCCUUAAUCCACUGAGUGAGGCCAGGGAUCGAACCUAUGUCCUCAUGGAUACUAGUCAGGUUUGUUUCCACUGAGCCACAACGGGAACUCCACUAGUUGGGUUCUUAACCCCCUGAGCCACAAUAGGAACUCCCCAACCUGAGUUUUAAAAUGGGACUGGAGGGGAGCCAGGCUGGUGGGGCAUCCAGAGGAAGUGAUGCUGAUGGCAGAUGCUAUUUGCCAGGCCCUGAGAUAAGGGCUUUACAGGUGUUACACCCUUCAGGGCUCACAACCACUCCUCGGGGAGGUGGCUGCCGACGUCCCUGCUUUCCAGAUGAGGACACAGAGGCAGAGGGGUGUGGCAACGCGCUCGAGCUCACAUAACUGAAAAGCAGCAGAAACAGGAAGUGAACCAAAGCUCUUGGGGGCACUGGGCCGUGUGGUCACACCCAGCACUGUGCCCCCCGGGCCAUCAGCUGGCCAGAGGGUUGCAAUCCGUGUACAGAUGGAGGCAGGUGCCCUCUGCCUGGGCUCGGGCUGCGUGCCUGGCCCUUCCUCAGUUUUCCCACCACGCAUGCCCCCCCUCCAGUCUCCACCACCUCUGCUGGACUGCAGAAACCGGGGCUCCGGAGCACCAGCCCCUCCACUUUGGGGCUUGAUUGCCAGCUCCUCUGAGCUCCUCAAGAGCAAGACUCCCGCCUGGGCCUCACACCCACCCUCGCUGCCAUGUCCCCUCUGCCAGCCGGGCCCACACGUGCCCCUGCGUACCCAAGUUCCCUAUCUUCCAAAGCAUCGUGAAAACCCCUUCCGUUCACACCCAACUUCCGCUUCCUUUGCUGUUCAGCCCCACAGGAGAGUUUUCCAUAUUUGUUCUCUGAAAUGUGUCUCCUGUUCUAUCCCAAAGCCCCUUCUCAUCAGACUCGAAAGCCUGACUCCGUCCGAUGGUUCUUACCGAGGCCGCUGCUGAUCUGUGAUGCUGGGUCUGUGGUCUGGUCUCCCGUCUCAUCUUGCUGUCCCAACAGCUGGCCUCGCCCGCUUGCCUCCAGGACACUUGAUGCUCUCGGGUCUCCCGCUCACUGGCCACUUCUUUGCUUGUUCCACCUCUUGGCUCUGCCUCCUCUGGGGUGCCUGGUGCUCAGCCUCCACCUCCUACAUCCCUGGCUGUCCUCGGGGGGUCUCGUCCAGCCCCUCGGUUUAAAAUACCCUCUCUGGUCCUUAGGAUGCCCAUUGGUCUCCAGCCCAGAACUCUCUCUUGCUCCUCGGUAUCAUAGAUUUCAUGGCCUCCUUGACGUCCCGGGGUGAGCGAAUCCAAAAGUAAACUGGUGAUGAACCCUGCCCCCCUCCCCCCCGGAAUCUAAGCCACCUGCAGCCUCAGCCCCCUGGGGAAUGGCCGCUCCACCCUUCAGUGGCUCAGGUCAGACACUCUGGAGCCAUCUGUACCUGCUCUCUCAGCCACUGUGUCUGGAGAGCCCACUGGCUCUGCCUUCCAUUUGUAUCCGGAAGCCGAACGCUUCCUCCCACCUGCGCUGCGGCCCCCAUCCAAGCCCCCAUCACCUCGCACCUGCGUUCCUGCCGUAGCUUCCACCUGGUCUCCGGGCCUCCAUCACUACCUCCCUUGGUCUGUUCCCACGCAGCAUCCAGACUGCCCUUUUGAAAACACAGACAGAGCAUCCCCCUUCCUUGCUCUGAACCCUCUGGUGGCAUCCCACCUCCGAGGAAAAGCCACAUCUUCAAUAUCCCUGUCUGCCUCUGAUUCCCUGACAUCCCUUCACGCCUCCCCGCGCUCUCGCUGGCCUCCCUGAAAGGCCAUAUGAUCCUGCUGCACUGGCUUCCUUGCUCUUCCUGGAACAUCCCAGGCACACCCGGCCUCCUCAGGGCCUUUGCACAGGCUGUUCCUUCUGCCAAGGUCACCCUUUCCCAGGGCAGUCUCAGGGCCCAGUUCCUGGCCUCCUUCACAUCUUUGGUCAAUUAGCUCCUUUUUUUCUUUUUUGUUGGCUGCAACAUGCAGCAGCAACGUGUGGGAUCUCCGUUCCCAGACCAGGGACUGAGCCUGGGCUGCAGAGGUGAAAAUGCCGCGUCCUAAACACUAGAGCACCAGGAUGCUCUCAGUUGUCUCCUUAAGGAGACACACCCUGAUCACCUGCUAUGGAAAAUGCAGCUCACCCCACCCAGUGGGCCCCCACUGCCUGGUUAUGUUUUUCCCAUCGCACUCAUCCACUUCUAGCAGAGUAGACAAUAUCUAUUUAUUAUAAUAUUUCUGUUUUGUGUAUUGUUUACAGUUCAUCCCACUUGAACGAAAGCUUUGUGCAGGAAAGGGUCCUGGUUUUCUUCACUGAGGAACCUCGGACUCUUGGCACAGUUCCUGGCACAGAGUCGCUGCUCAAAGAUAUGGGUUGAAUGGCAGUGAAAUGACCUUUAGAAGGAGGUUUUGAGGGAAAGAGAUGAGCCUCAACUGAGGGGUGAAGGAUUUCUAGAACGUACCCAACAUUAUGGUUCCAACAUAGAGUUCCUCUAUGAGUCUGUGAAUGGGGUGCUGACAUCCUGUGUUUACUGGAAAACCUGGGACCUGGAAGCCUCGAAAUGCUAUAUGGCGGCCCUACUUGACCACAUGUCCCCUUUUGCUAGAAUGGAGAAACACCUACACUCAGAAGUGGAUAAAGCCCUGUGAUGUCCCCAGCCCCCACCAGCCAGCCUUAGCUCCUCUACAACCUCCUUCCUCUGUUUUCAUGAUUAUAGAAAUUCACCUCUUUUCUUCAACUGUAUCCGCCUUUUCGUGCUGCGGGAAUGACAGCAAUAAACCCAGGUGUCAGGAAAUCUACCUGGGAUUAUUAAAAUAACAUCAGUUCCGCUGUCUUCUGUAUCUAAGUAACUACAUAAGGCACAUGCUUCAGACACUCAAAACCACACUACACCAACAUUUGAGGUUAUUUUUAUUUUUUGUCUUUUUGCUAUUUCUUGGGCCACUCCUGCGGCAUAUAGAGGUUCCCAGGCUAGGGGUCUAAUCGGGGCUGUAGCCACCGGCCUACGCCAGAGCCACAGCAACGCGGGAUCCGAGCCGCGUCUGCAACCUACACCACAGCUCACAGCAACGCCGGAUCGUCAACCCACUGAGCAAGGGCAGGGACCGAACCCGAAACCUCAUGGUUCCUAGUCGGAUUCGUUAACCACUGCGCCACGACGGGAACUCCCUGAGGUUAUUUUUAAAAACUAGACCUACAAAGCAGCGGCAGCUGUGCAGGUGAAUUCUGAACUUCGGGGCCACUGCUGGUGCCCCAGGAUCUGGGCUGCCCAAGUGCAAGGAAUGUGGGUGGUCCUUGGUCACCCAGGAAGGGUGUCACCUUCUGAGGCUGUUUUGACCCCACUGAAGGGAUUUAGUUGCUGAAAACCUGGCCUUGGUUUAGGAGGCAGCUUUGCUGAUAAGUCUGUUGCAUAGAUUUCAAGGACGAUGUCUGGUAACAGAAGAGCCAAGUGUAAUUGCCUGUAUCUUCGUCAAACUAAGAAACUACGCAUACAAUGGUAUGGAAUAAACCCCUCGAAUAUGACAGCAAAUGGCAGAACUUUUUACAGACUGCAGCACCUGCCUUUUAUUUAAUUGCUGAAAGUGGUGGCCUUGCUGUCCAAUCUCAGAGAUUGGUAUAAUGAGUCCCAUCAGUCAUUUGGGUGGAAAUCCUAAUAUCACAGCCACUUUUCAGAGAUGGCAUUUUGUCCAUGGGUCUAAUUGAAUGAUCCUAACCCUCUCGCCUGCCCUUCCCACAGCCCAGUCAUUGAACGCUUUCCCUAUCCUGUAAUGUCUUUCUCCAAUUAUAUUCUUUUUUUUUUAAUUUUUAAUUUUUCUAGGGCCGUACCUGUGGCAUAUGCAAGUUCCCAGGUUAGAGGUCAAAUUGGAGCAGCAGCUGCUGGGCUACACCACAGCCAAAGCAAUGUGGGAUCUGAGCUACAUCUACGACCCACACUGCAGCUCACAGCAACGAUGGAUCCUUAGCCCACUGAGCAAGGCUAAGGAUCAAACCCACAUCCUCUUGAAUAUUCGUGGGUUUCACUACCUGCUGAGUCACCGUGGGAACUCCCCUCCAAUUCUAUUCUUAGAAGCAUCUAUUUGGGUCCAUCCCUACUUCUUGUUAUGCUCCGAGGUUAACCACCUUCUCUGACGGGAUCCCCCUGAUCCCAGGCACACAGGGUCCUCACUGCCCCGAAAGCCUCAGGAUCCUCUGGCUCCAUUUUUCCUCCUGUCAAGGUGGGUCAGGCCCCGGGCCACAGUCCUCAUUUCUAAAGAGGAUGACACCGGAGUUCCCACUGUGGGAACUGAUCCCACAGGAUCAGCGGUGUCUUGGGAGCGAUGGCAUGCAGGUUUGAUCCCCGGCCCAGCACAGUGGGUUAAGGAUCCCAUGUUGCCGCAGCUGCGGCUCAGGAUUGGAUCCCUGGCCCUGAAACUCCAUAUGCUGUGGGGUGACCAAAAAAGAAAAAAAAAAUAAUAAUAAAGAUGACGAAAUUGGAAUGAAAGGUGAAAAGACAGUUUCGGAUGAGGGUAGGCUUGCUGUGCUUCCGUGCGUACAGAGGCCUUAGAGCUCUGGUCCCAUCUCUUUAGUUUAUAUGUGAAACCAAGAGUUGCAGAGUUUGAGCAUCAGCUCUGGGCUCAGAGGGGCCUCUGACCCUCAGCCUGAUGCUACUCCCAUGGUGCUGUACAGCCACCUUCUUUGUUUUUAAACUAAAUAUACUUAAUCCCCAUUUGUCUUAAAACACACUCUUGUAGCCACACAGCACUCCGUGGAAAGGGAGAGAGGAAGAAACCCAAGCCAACAAAACCUGCAGGCCUCCUGUGCUUGAGUUUCCACAUCUCAAGUCCGCUGCCCGAGCGGCACCUGCCCGCUGGCCACCCCGCGUGUGCACAGCUAAAGGCACGCGGCUAAAACCACGCCUGGCCUUCCCCCCAGAGUUUCUGGUCGCAGAAAGUGUUGUCACUGUCCAUCUGCCCAUUCAGUUAUGUGACUUUCCUCGGCCUGGCUUUGGCCCUGCCAUGCCUGAUGGGUGCUGAUUCCUGUGGGUUUGGCCUCUUCUUUCCACGUCCAUCACUGUAGCCUCAGUCCAGGCUGCCAUCUUGGUUCAGGUGAUCUCAGAGAGCAGGUUCCUAACUGGUCUCACUGAUCCGAUCAGGCUGCCUUCCAACCUGUCCUCUAGUUUAUUAUUAUUAUUAUUAUUUUGUCUUUUUAGGGCUGUACCUGUGGCAUAUGGAAAUUUCCAGGCGAGGGGUGGAAUUGGAGCUACAGCUUCCAGCCUACACCAUAGUCACGGCAACACCAGAUAUGAGCUGCGUCUUCGACCUACACCACAGCUCACAGCAAUGCCAAAUCCUUCACCCACUGGGUGAGGGUAGAGGUCAGACCCACAUCCUCAUAGAUGCUAGUUGGGUCCAUUACUGCUGAGGCACAAUGGGAACUCCACGUGGGUGCUUCUGAUAAUAGUCAAUUUUAGGGUGGUGAAUUUUGGCACAUACUAUACUGGCAUUUUAUAAUGAUCUGUGGGCUCACCCAGAGACUUUUGGGGUACUCUUUACAAGACUGUGUUUCAGUUCUUGCCCUUUUCUCUCCUUGUAAUCUUCCCUGGCACUCUUUUUUUUUUAAUGUCUUUUUGCCUUUUCUAGGGCCACACCUGUGGCAUAUGGGGGUUCCCAGGCUCAGGGUCUAAUCGGAGCUGUAGACGCCGGCCUACACCAGAGCCACAGCAACAUGGGAUCCGAGCCGUGUCUUCGACCUACACCACAGCUCACAGCAACGCCGGAUCCUUAACCCACUGAGCGAGGUCAGAGAUCGAACCUGCAACCUCAUGGUUCCUAGUCAGAUUCAUUAACCACUGAGCCAUGACAGGAACCCCUUCCCCGGCACUCUUGAAGAAGUUCUUGUGUCCACUGCAUUCUUCAAAAUUGCAGAGCACAGCGUCUCUGGACUCAGUUAAUUCAGAAGGUAGACAACCUGAACUGGUGAAAAACAGAGCUGGAGGGGCCUUAGACGUUAUCUGCAGUUUAAAAAAACAGCCUCAGCCGUCAGCUGUGGUGUAGGUCGCAGACGUGGCUCGGAUCCUCCGUUGCUGUGGCUGUGGCAUAGGCUGACAACUACAGCUCUGAUUAGACCCCCUAGCCUGGGACCCUUCCUCUGCCGAGGAUGCAGCCCUAGAAAAGACAAAAAAAUAAAAUAAAAUAAAAUAAAAUAAAAAAGCAGCCUCCUUUUCUAGACGAGAAAACCAAGGCUCAGGAAAAUGGAGUGACUUUGCCAAGUUCCUCCAUGAGCAUCCUCUCCGGGAUCAGCAUGCAGCAUCCGAAAGCUCAUGCCAGCUGUUGACGCUCCUACUGAUUCAUUCCCUGGACAAAUAUGCUCAGUGCUUUUUACAGGAUGUCGGGAAUGAGGGUCAAGCUGAGGGUCAUGGCCGGGGAUUCUGCAAACAGAGCUCUAGCUGGGAAGACACACAGCAUCACAAAGAUGAACGGGGCACCUGUUCUCUUGACAGCUGACAGAGGAAGCCUUUGCUCAGUGCCUUCUCUGUCGACAGACAUGGUAAACCAUUCCUGCACCUGCUGAGUCCUUGAUCCCUUACAGCAGCUAUUCUUAUAAUCGAUGCCCUGACUUUGAGCUGAGAAAACGGAGGUUCAGAGUGACUCACUGACUUGCCAGGGAGGCUCAGAUGUGACAGAGGCCCCUCCUCUUGGCCUUCAGGGCCCCACCCUUCACCAGGGUGGGGUUGGCCAGUGCUCCCAUGAUGCCGCAGGACAGCAGAGCACCCUGAGUCUCACCGGAAGCUCAGCGCUGGCCCCACCCAAGGGGUCUGCCAUCUUCUCUUUUUUCACUUGCCACCGCCUCUUUCCCAAGUGUUGACAGCAUCUCUGUCUGCCCCUUCCCGGUCCUAGUUGGCCUUCUGGAACUUGUCCCUUUGUCAUCUGUGAUGUCCCCAGGGACUUCCCGUUUAGCUGGGUCCUCCGGUCUGUCCUGUCUAGGCCUGCCCUUUCUUGAGUUCUUUCAAGUCUCCAUCUGACGGCUUCAACAAGUGUCUGGCUUCAGAACAGGGACCCCCUUCAGUCCAGCCCACUUUCCACCUUCUCUUCACCCGAAGCCCUUGCAAAACUAGCCGUCCCUCAGAAGAGUGUGGGUUCAACACUCCAGGCAUUGGCUUCUAUCAGCCUGUGUGUGUGUGUGUGUGUGUGUGUGUGUGUGUGUGAGAGAGAGAGAGAGAGAGAGAGAGAGAGAGAGAGGGAGAGAGAGAGAGAGAGAAAGUAUGAUCCGAGGCUCUAAACAGAGGCACAAUAUUCAGGCGCAGCCUGUUUCUGUAAGUUGUCUGUCUUACCCCAGUGUGAAGGGCACUAAGAAGAGCGAGGUGAUGCUUGCUUCCGUGGGAUGUAGACAGCAGGAGCCCCCAGCAUUCUCAGCCAUUGGGGUGACAGUGUGGAGCCCCAGAGGUCUCACUUGUCACCUAUUACAUAGCAGGUAUAUGCCACAUGUCACUCUGGGUGUAGUGGAAACACAGGCUGCAAGAAUGGUCUGCAGUCGCCUUGUUCACAGUUUUCCUGAACUCCACCUUUCAGGGAGGAUAUUUAGAAAAGGUGAAAGGAAGUGAGAGAGAUCAAACAGCCUGUCGAACAUGGAUGUCUUUCUCAAAAGCAAGGGCUGUGCCCAUACUCCUGUUUAGCGUGCUCUGUGCCACUUAGCCCUGGUACACUGGCUAAAGGGAAAAGGCCAGGCCUGGGUGGUUCUCCUGGGCUCUGCACUCUGAGAGUCUACGGCUCAAUGAGACAUUAAAUAAUUGACAAGCCUGCUUUCAUAGGGCAGCUGCUAUGCCUCCUCAUUUUAAAAAUAGAUGAGCUGUUUACCUGUUUCUCCAUGCUUCUCAUUUGGAAGUAUUUGUUUUCUCACUUUUUUUUUUUUUUAAAGAAUUCAUUUUUAGGAGUUCCUGCUGCAUUGCAGUUGCUUAAGAAUCCAAAGGCAUUGGCUUGGGUUGUUGUGGAGGCACAGGUUUCAUCCCCAGCCUGAGGCAGUGGGUUAAAGGAUAUGCCGUUGCCACAGCUGUGGUGUAGGUUGCACCUGUGGCUUGGGUUCCGUCCCCGGCUAAGAAACUUCCACACACCUUGGAUAUGGCCAUAAAAAAAAAAAAAAUUCGUUUUUAGCAUUUGUCCUCUUGGGACUGGCAUUAGAAUUUCCCAGGCGAUUGUCAGCUUCUCCCAGGCUUCUCUUCCCUCUGUCCUGGCGCCUGGCCUGUGCUUGGUGGGGAAAAGAUUCUUUUUUUUUUUUUUUUUAAUAGGGAUUUGAAUGAUUUUUUAUUAAAAUUCAGUUGAUUUACAAAGCUGUGCCAAUUUCUGCUCUACAAAAAGUAAUCCAGUCAUGUAUAUAUAUAUGAUUUUUUUCUCAUAUCACCUUCCAUUAUGUCCUAUCCCAAGAGACUGGGUCGAGUUCCUUGGCUGGGCAUUAGAACAUGUGUGGUAUAGGGGAGAUGACUUUCCAGGGUUUCCAAGUAGCUGCCGGGUGAGGUAUCAGGCCAAAGGGUGGGCCAGAGCAGAGAGAGGGGUGAACUGCAGGUCCCUUCAAAUACCAGUUCCAGAAGCCUCUUUUACAGGUUGUUAUUGCCACUUAUCUUUUAUUUCUGUUGGUUCUGCCUAAUGUGAGCUUGUGCUGAGAUGUGUGAGAAAUAAACUCUCAGUUAUGUGUCUGGGAUGUGAAACGUGCUUCCGUUUUCUGGAACUUGAUGGAGGAAGGAUUUGUGCUAUUUAGAAGCAGAGGUUCCUCCAUUCUCCUGCUUUUCAAGUAAGACUAUGAGGAAUGGACCCUUUGCUCCCAAAGUGGUCCCCAACCUGAGCAGUGAAGCCACCCCCUUCCGCCCCCCGACUAGGGCAAAGAUACAUGAAGGCUGGGUGGGCAAGGGGACAAGGCAUCAGGGGUACGUCCUAGUGCCUGCGACUGGGAGAGGGACAGACCUCCAAAUUAGUUCUUAAUUAAUUUGAAAUACCCAAUUCCUUUCUUAUCUGACUUAAAUCAAUCUUAAAUAUAAGUAGAAAAAUGAAUUCCUUAGCCCCAUGUGGUUUUGGGGGGGGGGUCAUAUUAUUGUGCCUUGUCUGUUUGUCCUGCCACCUCUGUUCUCCAGUUGAAGGAGCCCACACCUGAAGCAGGCAGAGUUUUGGUGGCCAGGGUGGCCGUUACCCAGCCUGGCUCAGACCUCCUGCCACACGUGCUCCUGGGAAGUCAAUGCGAAGUCUUCUCGGGCUCAGUCCUUCAGUCCCCAGACAAAGAGAGGAACUGAAGGAGUAGUGAUAGGCUUAGUUAAAUUCUGCUUUGGAAAAUAUCAGAUGGAGGGGAAUGGAUUUAUUUUCCACUCGAUCAAAUAAGACAUUAAGAAAAGUCCAGCGCGACUGGAAAUUACUUAAGGUCAACUGAGGACACUUUGUGGUCAAUUUCCUUUCAUCCCAAAAGACCAGAAAUAAAAGUAAAUCUAUACACUACUGAAAGAUAUUGGAAAAAUGUCUCCUUGUACCCGAGAGCAAUUUACCUGAUUGUUAUGUUAUCAUAUUUGGGAGUAGGCUAUGUAUUUAUUUAUGAUUUAUUAAUAUGAUAUUUAUCUUUGAUGAAAAUUAAAUUAUUACAGUAGUAUAAUACACCUAACUUGGUUCAUUCUAAGUUGUAGAUAGAUAUGAUAAACUUGGCCUCUUCCCGAAAAGCCAGCAAUGUAGAGUCUGAACUGGACAAUUUCCCCCCCCCCACAUGGAUGUUUUCUAUAUUUAUUUUGUUUGGAGAAACUAUUUUUUAAAAUUCGACUUUGAUUUAUGUGUUUAGAAAAAAUCUGUUGAUCAGCCUUGACAGGCUUGUCUCUGUGAGAGAUGGGGGUUUCUUGUUUUUCUUGGAUUUGGGAAGCAAACCAAUGGAGCCCUCACUCCUGUAGGGUCUUUAGAGGGCAGAGCCUGGGUGAGUGGCAAUUGGUGAGCCACCCUGUCAGAAAUCGUAAGCCCUGGGUAGUAUCAGGGAGACACCGUUGGAAUUUUCUUUCUCUCAGGUAUAUUUAUAUUUUUAAAAAGCUACCUUUGACAUUUAAGAAAUCAAAUCUUGUGAAUGGAGGUGACUGUACCUUUUGAAUCUUCAUGGGAACUCACCUCUGAGGUAGAGCUGGGAUCCUUGAUCUCGCAAAGUCUCAUUUGCAUGGAAAUAAAAUGAUUGAAACUGU